AUGGUUCAAUUCACUCCUGGAUCUAUCUAUUAUUUUGAUUUGGACUUGCCUGUGGAACAAAGAUAUUCAUAACUUUUUCCAAAGUAUGCCCCAUUAAUAAGAAAAUACUGCUAAAUAUGGCUGGAGACAAAUCAACCAUCUUAGGAACAUCUAAAUGAUUUAAAAAAACUGUUUUAGACUCACCCUGAUAAGGAAUUGCUUGAAUUUGUUAAAUAUUUUGCUAAGGAAUGUGGAAUUGACGAGAGCAUAAUUUUGUACAUACAAUUUAUGUAUGAUUUUGGAUUUGAUGACUCUUUAUCAAUGGGAUGCACCAGCAUAUUGAUUAAUCAAGAGAAACCUUAUAUUGUGAGGAAUCUUGAUUGGGAUUUCAAUGAUGUCAUAAGGGCUUUAACUAUAAAUGCUAUUUAUAUUAAAAAUAAAUAGGUAGUCUCCAUUCACUUAGCAAUAGUGUCUCAAUUACUGACUCCUCACACCAUUAAACAGCAAUCAUAUGCUAUCAGUUUAAAUUUCUUAUGGCCUUAAUACAAGGUUGAGCAAUAAUGGCAAAGUGUUCUAUAAAAUGUCCAUAUACCCAACAUUGGAAGGUUGAUUUAUAGGUUGUCAGUUACCAAUCACAAAUAUGAUGAUCUACAAAAUGUAUUAAAGGAUGCAGUAGUAUAGCAUCACGGCUUAUUGAAUAUUGUUGGAAACAAAAAAAAUUAAUGUGCAAUAUUUUAUAUUAAUGAUUGGUUUAACACUCAGAAAUAUCAAUUUUAACAUGAAAUCAAAAGCAAUGAAGACUAUCUCCUAUCAACAAAUGGAGAGUAUUUUCAAUUUAGCAUUGACAGAUACAAUGCAGCUACAGAAAACCUAAAAAAACAAUAAGAUUUUAGUAAUCCUAUGAAAAUUGUAGAGAAUGUGGCUUUUCAGUAUCCAAAUUAUAAUGAAACAACCAUUUUAACAACAAUCUUAAACUGCGAGUUAAGUUUACCAUUUGAUGUUUAUAUAAAAUAAUGA